AUGCCUGCAGAGCAACAAAACGGCCUCCCAGUCAACGGCACAAACGGCGUCAACGGCAACAUGACAAACUCUACACCCUCACAUCCCGCCUUCGACUCGAUACCAGAUGUCAUACAAGCUUUCGCAAACGACGAAUUCGUAAUCGUACUCGACUCGCCCUCGCGCGAAAACGAAGGCGACCUAAUAAUCGCCGCAUCAGCCCUCACGCCCUCAAAAGCCUCCUUCAUGAUCCGCUACUCCAGCGGCUACAUAUGCGCACCGCUCCCCGUCUCGCGCGCCGCCGCCCUGCACCUCCCGCAAAUGGUGGCCGACAACGCGGACCCGAACCGCACCGCCUACGCCGUCAGCAUCGACGCUGCAGACCCCAGCGUUACAACGGGUAUCUCGGCGACGGACCGCAGCUUGACGUGCAGGAUGCUGGCGGAUCCCAGCGCGAAAGCGAGCCAUUUUAGGAGACCUGGGCAUAUAUUGCCGUUGCAGGCGAGGGAUGGCGGGGUCAGGGAGAGGCGGGGGCAUACGGAGGCGGCGGUGGAUUUGUGUCGGUUGGCGGGGAAGCAGCCUGUCGGUGUGAUUUGUGAGUUGAUUACUGAUGGGGAGGAGGUGGAGGGGAAGCCCGAGUUGGUUGGGGGUGGUAUGAUGAGGAGGGAUGAGUGCUUGGCGUUUGGGAAGAAGUGGGGGAUAAAAGUGUGUACGAUUGAUGAUAUGGUUAGGUAUAUUGAGGAGAAUGAUGGGGUUUUGGGGGCGGACAUACGCCCCAUCGGCACGGGCUGA